AUGGAGAAGAUUGAAGAGAGAUCACUGGAAGAAUCGAGAAAUGAGAACUUGAAGGAAAAGUGGGUUGCGAAGAAUAAGUGCAUUCAGAAAGUUCGGCAGAAAUUGAAAAUCGUCAUUUUGAUAUAUAUGAAGUAUGAAGUGAAUAUGGACAGUGAAGAAUUUGAGUCCGAAUCUAAAGUGGUGACUUCAGACAAUGAAGCUGGGGAUUUCUCUGAUAAGGAAAAUUCCAUGGUCCAAUGA